AUGGUGGCUCUGUCCUCGCGUGCACUGCGGCAGAGGAUCCUAUCAGCUCGUGGUUCAGAUCACCUCAGACUCGGGUUAAGUGAGCACAAGCGUCUCGAGAUGCCUGGACGAGCCGAAGUGUGCACGGGUCUGAGAAGCCCAACUCUGUCAGGUCGAGAUCAAAAAGGUUCUGCCGAAUACCGCUCCUGGAACGGGGCCGGAGAGCUUCCUGCCUGGCCUUGA